CGAGUACUGUCUGUACUAUCCUUGCAGAUUCUACCAUGAUUUGGCGUUGUUGGAUGGUCUGGGGACGGCGCUGGUUGACUACUCUCCUCCCUGCUCUCUGUCUAGUGUCUGCUAUUGUGUUUAAGAUUAUCUUCCUACGCUGCCAGGUCAUAGAUGGAGCCGUCAACGACCUACUCAAUCUGGUGCUUUAUGCAUCCUUUUCACUAGCCACGACACUCUGGUGCACACUGCUCAUCAUAUACCAUCACAUCGUUGAAGUCUUAAUCGAGUCAUCAGGUCUUUAUUCUGCAUCUUUGAUCCUAUUCGUCGCCUUCUUCGCUCACAAUGACUGGGCGGCGAAUUACCUUGAUCCCAUAACAGGAAUCGCAAGAGGUGUCGCUCUGACUCUUCUUGUCGGACAUGUUGCGGCAGGACAUGCUCAUUCCGACGACUCGUGGCAGGGCAGCAUAGUGACGUCGCUCCGUUUUGGGCAUGGUCAGACCCGGGCAAGUGCUCAAGAAGAUACUCUGAUAAGUAUAAGCCUCUACAGUGGUGACCUGGAGGAUCAGCUAGAUGGGGAGGGUAAUAACAAGUAUGGAUCCCAGGAGGAUGGCACAGAAAGGGUCACUCCGGAUGACAAAGAAGAGGCUAGAGGAAGUAUAUAAUGGUCUGAACAUGUCGCCUUUCAUACUGGGCAUUGAUGACCUCGGUAAACGUCGUCAUUUAUUUCAUCCUUGAGUCUGAGUUUCUCGUUUGUUGGAGUUACCAUAGGAAUUGAUCUACUGUACUCAUUUCUCUGCCCUUCGACGCUGUAUGUAUCCACUCAUAGAUAC